AUGCACUCUCUCUUUGCCCCCAUCGACCAAUCAGACGACCUCUCCGACACCUCCACCAAGCACGUCGCGCCAGCCGACCCCUCCUCUGCCUCCUCUCUCGCCCCCUCAACUCCUCCACGCCCCAAAUCCCCGCAACUCCGCUCCAAAGCCGCGCUCGCCCUCGCCAAGCCCGAGGACGCCGCCGCUUUGCUAAAAGAAAUGCUUAGCGGGCGGGAGGUGAUGGUGGUGGAUGACAACGCGGUGAACCGGAUGGUGGCGAGGAAGACUCUUCAGGGGCUGGGGGCGAAAGUGGAGCUUGUAGAGAGCGGGGAGAAGGCUCUGGAGAGACUGAGUGCUCCAAAUGCGUUUACUGUGUUGCUGAUCGACCUGCACAUGCCCCCUGGCAUUGACGGGUGCUCAGCCAUCAUUUGCUCUCUUUUUGAGACGUCUCAAAAACAGGUGCUCAGCCAUCAUUUGCUCUCCCCUCCUCUGGUCUCGCCUCUCCCGCCUUAG